CAAUCCACCUAAAACCGAGGAAUGGCAGAUUUCUUUCCUAGCAUAUAGCGGGUAGCUCAACCUUCUUGCCUCCAUUUACGCAUAAAGGGACCUGCCAUUCUACCCUGACAAAAGAAGUGAUCAACAAUGGAGAGAGAACUAGCUAAUGCCAUGGCCAUGAUGAAGAGGACAAGUCCUCUGCUUCUGAUCUCUAUAAUGGCGAUUGUGGUGGCACAUGAGGCCCCAGGGGAGGAAGUUCCGCUGUGUGCCAAGGACUGCAUGCCGGUGUGUCUGAAAGUGGAAGGGGCAACCAUUCAUGCAUGUGAGGAGAGCUGCCACGAGUACUGCAAACAGAUUUCUGGGCGAGGAAGUAAUGGUGGUGUCUCCAUUUGGGUUGUCCCAACUUGAAUAUUGUCUAUAUCAACGGAUUCUCUGUGUUUUUCAUGUUCUGUGGUUGCCAGUUUCACAAGAUUUUGCAUUUUGAUAUGGGUCUCAUUGUGAGCCAAGUAUGGAGGCAUCACGCUGAUUUUA